GAAGAAAGGAUAUCCCCGGGUGAGGAGAUGUUCUCCCACCUACGGCGUGUCGGAAGGUUCAGAGAGUCCCAUGCUUGUUUCUAUGCCGCCCAGAUCGUCCUGGCCUUCCAGUACCUGCACUUGCUUGACCUCAUCCACCGCGACCUGAAGCCCAAGAACCUCCUCAUUGACCAGCAGGGCUACCUGCAGGUGACGGACUUCGGUUUCGCCAAGCGCAUGAGGGGCCACACUUGGACCCUGUGCGGGACCCCCGAGUACCUGGCCCCCGAGAUCAUCCUGAGCAAAGGCUACAACAAGGCCGUGGACUGGUGGGCCCUGGGGGUGCUCGCCUAUGAGAUGGCCAUGGCCUUCCCGCCCUUCUCUGCCGACCAGUGGAUCCAGAUCUAUCAGAAGAUCGUCUCUGGGAAGGUGCGGUUCCCCUCCCAUGUCAGCUCUCACCUCAAGGACCUGCUGCGGAGCCUGCUGCAGGUGGACCUCACCAAGCGCUUCGGGAACCUCUGGAACGGGGUCGGCGACAUCAAGAACCACAAGUGGUUCACCAUAACCAACUGGAUCGCCAUCUAUGAGAAGAAGGUGGAAGCUCCCUUCAUCCCGAAGUUUGCAGGCCCUGGGGAUGCCAGUAACUUUGACAAUUACGAGGAGGAAGAGAUCCGGAUCUCCAUCAACGAGAAGUGUGCCAACGAGUUUUCUGAGUUUUAGGGAUGUGCUUGUGCCCCUGUGGCUUUUCUUUUCAUUCUUUCUUUUUUCUCUUUGGUGGGUAGGGGGUGGGUGGGUGGCAGGGUUGGACUGAACAGCCAGAGGGCCCCAGAGUUCCUUGCAUCUAGUUUCACCCCCCACCCCACCCUCCAGGGUUGGGGUAGCAGGAAGCCCAGAUAUUUAGAGGGACAGAAACACCAGCUGCUCCCUCACCCCCUAUGCCUUCCUGGGCCCUCUGUGCUUCUCCCUUCCUCCUCCCGCAGAGUCCUCCUUGCCCCAGCCCACUUCUACCUGUUUUAAACGAGUUUCUCAUCUCUAUUCAGGCCAGGUCUUGCUGGUGUAUCCAGGAACAGGGUGUGGAAAGAGGGGCUCAAACUUAACUCCAGCAGGGAACAGGCACCACUUGCUAAGAGAGGAUGAAUGAAAAGCACACCUGCCUUUCAGAGUAAUCCUGCCUGGGAAGGAGAGAGGUUUAGUGCCAUGUUCAGUGGGCUGCUUGCUAAAAUUAAAAAUUUUUAAAA